UCAACAUUAUUGAAUAAAUCUCGACCAAUAUCAAUCGCAAGUCGCGUCAAUUCAAAAAUCAAAGUUCCACAGCCAUGGCGAUCCUCGAGGCUGUUCCUGGAAUCAAGGUUACUGUGUGCGUGGAUGGGGAAGCUCUUCAAGAAUACGACGAUGAUGGGUUUGAGGCUGUUUCUGAAGGAGAAGUCGAAAAUUAUCAAGCUUCUAGGACGGUUGCUAAAUAUAUCGAAUCGGAAACCGGCAAGAAGUUCGGGAUAAAGCUCGAAAUAAGCAAAGAAUACAAGUUUGACUCCCCGACCGUUGGCUUCGUAGUUUUUGUAGAUGGAGUGCGAGUUAGUGACUCAAUCAUCAGCAAGAGAAGCGCUCCUACGUAAGUUUCCAAGUUGAUGAGCAAAUUUGAGCCGCGCUCCAUGAUCAAACGAUUAAGAGCACUUUUCAAGUUCCCCAAAUUUCCAAAUUUGUAGUUCUGUAGGCCCAAAGACUCAUUUUCUUGGCAGGUACACAGAGAAGAAAGGUGUCAUAACUGAAUCGGAGAAUGGGCAAUCUUUCAUGGAGCCAUUUAUUUUCAGCAGCAUAAUCACAAGUACGUCUGGAAUCGUUGCCAGGUGAACCAUACAUAUAUCUUUCUGCUAGUUUCCCGCGAGGCGUCGAUGAUUCAAAGUUAUCAUCUAUUAAAGAGGAUGCAGACCGACUGAGCGUUGUUGGAGAGAUCAUGGUGAAAGUCUAUCGUAAAAGUGAGGACUUUCUAUCAACCGCCAAUCGGCGCCCUCAAAUAAAGCUUAAAGUUGAUACGUCAACACCGGUGCACGAAAAGGCCCUCAAGGGACAAGCUAUGUCACAUGGCACUACGUGAGUCAGCUCCUGAUACCACAAAGUCUACAGGCUAUCUAAGAAUAGUCUAACGGGUAAUCUUUCAUUAGACUAGGAGUUCCUCAAGCAGUGAAGAAGAGGAGAAGGUAUACAACGCGUUCUCUGGACGGAAAAGACUUUCCGAUUGCCAUCUACCAAUUCAAAUACAGGUCUAAGAGUUAGCAUCACGCUUUCCUCCUCGUAUUUUGCUAAAAAUUGCAGAGUCCCUUCAAUCUCUCUUGAUACUCGAGAGAACCCCAGAGCCAUCACCUUUUCCCUCCCAUUAUCCCAUUCCGAGUGGAGCUUCAGGAUCUUUUGAUCUUGAUAAUCUCGAUGCAACGCAGAAGGCUAAGCUUCAAGAAUUUUUGGAAAAUUUGAUGGUAUGAUCCCUCCAUGAUUAUUUGUAUCCCGCUAAUUUAUCUUUAUCAGGGAACUAGCACUCAGCCCAACGAAGAAAGGAAGAUCAAGCGCGAAAGAGAGGAAAGUGGAAGUAGACUUAAGGCGAGCAAGCGAUCAAGGAGAGGCGGCCGUGUGGAAAUUGAUCUCACAGGAGAUGAUUCCAACUGAUCGAGCGUAUCUUCACAAUCUUGUUCAAGCCACUCUGGGUCGCAUGGGACGUUGGUAUAACGGUUUUUGCUGUGCAAAUCUUCAUCAGUGAUGGGACGAGGAACAUGCAGAAUUAAUGGUGCCAAUCAGUAUUUACAAAAUUGGUACUCGAGAUGGCGACAAUUUACUUAUCAGGAUAUAAACAUACAGGUAUCUAAGGCAUAGCAAAAUAUCUAGUCAUCUACUAGUGAUGAAAGCCAAAACACAAUACACAGUAUACGCUUCUUUCCAUAUCACAAGCCUGGGUAAAAGCAAUUAUGA